AAUACACAAGCGCUACCCUGAGUGUGCAGGGUCCGGCUGCUGGGGUUUCCUACUACUUUGAUGACGCAUCUCUUGUUGAAAUACCCGAAUACACAACAUGGGAAGCUGACGCUAAUGCGCUCAUUGAGGCUCACAGGAAAAACAAUAUUCGCUUCUU